CGAUCGAUUCCAAGUGUGCAAAGCAGAAGGCUCUGUAGAAGCAGUUUCCAUCACCACGGACUUUUCUCACGGCCGAAAACUGUCUGCUUAAAUCCUGACAAACAACAACAAAGUCUCCAGUUGUCGCUGGCCCUGCUCCAGCUCUGCCACCAGCUGCUCCACACGCUGCACCAGGUUCCGGUGGGUGGUGGACAGAGUCUUGUGGCGCCGAAUGAUAGGCAUAACUAAAGAAUCUGAACUAUGCUCAAGGUCCUUGUUUGCCAAAUCAUCAGUCUUGUCACUGGGCUAUGAGGACAACAGCAACACACUCCCGAAUGUCUGGGUGCUUGGAUGUGGCUACAGAUCUCCCUCUGUGAUGCUCUCAGCCAGCAGAUCCAUGACACUACACCAAAGACUGAAUCCUGGCAUUAAAGACAGGCCUGCCACUCACUGCCAGAGUCUCCCACCCUCAGCCAACAUGACAGUAAACCUGUUCAGGGAUGAUGAUCCAGUAGUCUCUGCCAUUAGGAGAGGGGAUGUAAAGGCUGUCAGAGAUCUGGCAGCAUCUGCUCCACACAGCCUGAUGAGGGAGAACAAAGAUGGAUGGACACCUUUGCAUAAUGCUGCCUAUUGUGGAGAGCCCGACUGCAUGAAGACACUACUUAACGCCCAUCCAGGUUUAGUAGACAAACGCACCCUACAGGAACAGACAGCGCUGCUUUUUGCCGUUUCUUGUGAACAUUUGUCUUGUGCACGGUGCCUUCUGGAGGCAGGCGCUGACCCCGACAUCAGCAGCAAAAAUAAGGAAACUCCUUUAUAUAAAGCCUGUGAACUGGAGAACGUGGAUAUGGUGAGCCUCGUUCUUUCGUAUGGUGCUACUGUGAACCAGCGGUGUGGCCAGGGCUGGACAGCCCUGCAUGAGGCGGUAUCCAAGAACAACACAGAAAUCUGUGAAAUGCUCCUAAGAGCUGGGGCCACAAUCAAUCCACCCAACAUCUACAGUAUCACACCACUCACUGUAGCAGCUCAGAGAGGACAGCUGAAGGUGCUAUGUUACCUUAUUGGAAAAGGUGCUGAUGUGAACAUGCAGACAUGUGAUGGUGCCACAGCACUGUAUGAGGCAAGUAAAAAUGGCCACAGGGAAAUAGUGGCCAUACUCCUGACUAAAAAUGCAGAUGCCAACAAAGCCACUAACUGUGGACUGCUACCUCUGCAUAUCGCUGCCCAGAAUGGACACCAUGAGAUUGUAUCCCUGCUGGUUCCAGUGACGAGUCGAGCCAGGCUUCGCCACAGUUGGAUCAGCCCCCUCCACCUGGCAGCAGAGCACAACAGACACACAGUGGCAGCUGUGCUGCUCAAGACAGGUGCAGAUGUCAAUGCCACACUCUCUCACAGUCACUCCAUCCAGUAUGCUGAUCGACGCACAACAGCCCUCUUCUUUGCUGUUGCCAGUGGCGGCACCAAGACAGCAGAAGUGCUACUGAAAGCAGGCGCUAGUCUGAGCCUGGACCCAGUCGACCCAUUACUGAUGGCUGUGAGGCAGGGCAGUGUCAGCACUGUCUCUUUACUGAUGGAGAAUGGAGCUGAUAUCAAUGCCAAUAUCCCAUCUUAUCCCACUACAUUCCCAGGUGUUAUUGCACUUUGCAUGAAUAACAUACCUCUACUCAAGUGCCUUUUGGACAAUGGGUGCAAUCCCCUGGCCUGCUUUACCUGUGCAUAUGGCAGUGCCCUCCACCCAGCCUCUCCAGGAUCCCACAUAAGUAUUGCUGGUGAUGAUGGAUAUACUGCACAUGAUGUUGGCAUACCUCCUUUAACCUCCACAGAGCCAUCGCCAAGGGUGACACAGUUUUGCGAGUGGCUUUCGACAUCAGCAGUAUGUAACUGGGCUGGACCUAUCAUAGACUUGCUGCUGGAGCAUGUUGGUCAUGUUCAGUUGUGUGCCAGGCUCACUGAACUGCUUGACAGUCAAGAUGAAUGGCUGGCUGUAAAAAGGAAGUCAAUGUCACCUCGCCCACUGCUACACCUAUGCAGACUGAGGAUUCGUACCCAGCUGGGAAGAAACAGACUGAAAUCUCUCACAAGCUUACCUCUACCAGACAGGCUGAUCAGAUACCUGAGCCUGACCAGCUGAGUCCAAGAGCCUGGAGUCUGCCAGUGAUGCAGACAGUUUUCAGAGACAUGAAUUAAUCUUUUUUUUAUUCUUCAUUUUGGGCGCUGAGGCUGUAAAUCUUGUUAUCUCAAAGAAAAUUCUCUCUGUGAGUGUUUUUGUAAGAUAUCUUAAUGUGACAUGGAAUAUAAUUUAUGUGUGUUGUGACUACAAGGUUCUUAAAUCUGUCCUUCAGGCUGCUUAAAUCUUUUUUGUCUUGUUGAAAACAAACAAGGUUCAGUGAGAAGUGAAAAUGCUCUAAGGCCAAAAAAGACUUUUA